AUGAGUUUUAAUUAUCUCAAGAAUGCUAAGAAGAUCAUUUGUAUUGGUCGUAACUAUGCAGCACAUAUCAAGGAAUUGAACAAUCCAACACCAAAACAACCUUUUUUCUUUUUGAAACCUCUAUCCAGUGUCGUCACUCCCAUUACUCAAUCACAACGUCGCAAGAGCUUGCCCAAUGGGUUUAGUUAUCGUGGUUUGAAUGAAGAUGGUACUAAUCCUUCCCCUAUAUUGGUUCCCAACGGUGUCACUGUCCAUCAUGAAAUUGAAUUGGCACUGAUUAUGGAUAAAUACAUCUCUAAUGUCAGUCCAGGUGAUUUUAAACCUCAAGACGUCUAUGAUUCCAUUAGUGGUGUUUCCUUAGCACUAGACUUAACUGCACGUAACGUACAAGAUGAAGCUAAGAAGAAAGGGCUACCAUGGUCAAUUGGUAAGGGAUUCGACACUUUCUGCCCCAUCUCUCAAUUUAUUCCAAAGGAACAAUUCAAGUCAGAUAGUCAAAAUCUACAGGACUUGUUCAGAUUGACAUGUUCCGUGAAUGGUGUUAAGAAGCAGGAUGGGACUUCAGAUCUAAUGUUGAACAGUUUGCACAAGAUCAUUCAACAUAUUUCUACGAUGAUUUCUUUGGAACCUGGUGAUAUUAUCUUAACGGGUACACCAGCAGGUGUUGGUGAACUUCAUCCCGGUGAUAAUAUCCAGGGUAAACUGUAUUAUCACGAUAAGAAACUUGUCGAUAUGGCCUUCGAUUGUGAAGCACGUCCAGGGCCAUAUCUUUACAAGGAGACCUAA